AUGUAUAGCGAAGAAUAUAACGAUCAGUACGACGCCUAUGAUGAAUAUGGGACUUCGGAUGAUCUUGAUUCAAGAAACUUCCGGCAGGUGCCAGAGGUUGUGAAGAAAUUUCUUAUAUAUUUACAUAAUUGUAUUAACGAAGGAAUGAUCUUUGAAAUUCAAAAUUUGUAUGAAAAUACAUUUCCUAAACUGUCAGAACAGCUUUUUGAUACCAUACCUUGGCCAGAAGAGUCUCAAAUAAGUGAACUUGUUGAUAAUGAUUAUGUGUUUAUUACAUUAUAUAAGGAGUUAUACUUUCGACAUAUUUAUGCUCGUAUGCAACCUAAUUUAAAACAGCGAAUUGAUGCUUUUUUUAAUUACUGCGAUCUUUUUAAUUAUAUAUUAAAUUCUACUGAACCAGUACCUCUUGAAUUACCUGACCAAUGGUUGUGGGAGUUAAUAGAUGAAUUUGUAUAUCAGUUUCAGUCUGUCACAUCAUAUAAAGCUAAUUUGUUGCAAAAAGCAAGUAACGAAUCUAAUUUGUUACAAAAAGCAAAUAAUGAAGUUACUGUAUUGGAAAAUAGUAAAGUAUGGGAUGUACUUUGUGUUUUAAACGUUUUACAUUAUUUAAUUGAUAAAUCUAAAAUUAAAAGUCAAUUAGAAGUAUAUGCAAGUGGUGGAGAUCCUGACUCAGUAGCUGGAGUUUUUGGAAGGCACUCUUUAUAUAAGAUGAUGGGAUAUUUUUCACUUGUUGGUUUGCUUCGUGUACAUUCUUUACUUGGAGACUAUUAUCAAGCAAUAAAGGUUUUAGAAAAUGUUGAAUUGUAUAAAAAGAGUGCAUAUUCUCAUGUUCCUGGCUGUCAAAUAUCCACAGCUUAUUAUGUUGGAUUUGCUUACAUGAUGAUGCGAAGAUAUGCAGAUGCAAUAAGAACUUUUUCUAGUAUUUUACUAUAUGUUCAACGUACGAAACAGCUUUUUGCAUCAAGAAGUUAUCAAAAUGAUCAAAUUAAUAAACAAACAGAACAAAUGUAUCAUUUAUUGGCAAUAUGUUUGGUAUUGCAUCCCCAAUGUGUUGAUGAAGGAUUACAGCAAGCACUUCGUGAUAAAAAUUACCAUGAAAAAAUGUACAAAAUGCAAUGUGGUGACUUAGAAGAAUUUGAAUCAUGUUUCCAAUUUGCUUGUCCAAAAUUCUUGUGUUUACAUCCACCUAAAAAGUCUAGUGAGGAUUAUAUUAAGCUAGCUAUUAAACAUCAAACCCAUGUAUUUAUGGAAGAAGUUAUACAACAAAAAAUGUUGCCUACAAUUCGUUCAUAUUUAAAGCUUUACACUACUUUACCUUUAAGUAAACUCGCAACAUUUAUGAUUAGUAGCCAACAAAAUGAAAAAAUUGACUUAAACGAAGAAAUCGAUAAACUUACCAUUUAUCUUUUAUGUUUCAAACAUAAAAUGAAAAACAUUGUUUGGAUUAAAGGACCAUCUGGGUUAGAUGGAAAAUUUCAAUCCGGUUCUGAGAUUUUUAUAUUGACCAUGAUAUGAUUCACAUAGCAGAUACUAAAGUUGCUCAUCGAUAUGGAGAUUUUUUUAUUCGAAAAAUAUUAAAAUUUGAAGAGCUUAAUAGAAAAUUG